AUGGCUGGAUUGGAUAAUAAUACAGGUUUAGACGAUGAUGUAAGCAGCGAAUCGCCAUUAGUGCAUCAAGAUACUAGUUAUUCAGAUAAUACUGGACAACAUAAUGAAGAUAUAGACAAUAAUAAGGCAAAUUUGAAUGAUAACACUGCACCUACAAGCAAGCUUGAGAUUUUAGGCUGGUGUCUGUAUGCUUGGGCAUCUGAGCCCUUCAUAGUGAGUUGUGUGGGUACAUAUGUUCCGAUUAUUCUAGAGCAGAUAGCCCGUGAUAAUGGAGUACAGUCUGGAGAUAAGAUAAGCCCCUGUAAAGGGUCGAGAGGCGAUCCUGGAGAUGGUAAUAUGCCACUUCCUCCCCCAAUGAUGAAUAAUACAUCAAGCGCGUCAGCAAGCCCGCCAAAUGAUGCAUCGUGUGUUCUCCCUAUUUUCAAUGGUAAGCUGUAUAUUGAUACGUCAUCUUACGCACUCUACACUUUUUCGUUUUCUGUUCUUAUCCAGACGAUUUGCGUUAUUGCAAUGUCUGGAGCAGCUGAUCGGGGAUCGUAUCGGAAGACAUUUCUCAUUCUGUUUGGUAUAUUUGGUGCACUAACAACCAUGUGUUACUGGUUUGUGCGACCUGAUGGAUAUUAUGCAGCAUCAGUUUUGGCUAUUGUGGCUAAUAGUGCUUAUGGAUGCGUGAAUGUGUGUGGAAAUUCGUUUUUGUCUGUUCUCGUCAACAAUAGCCGAGAUAUCAGAACUUUAAGAAAUAUACCUUCCACAGAGGAUGAUGAAAAUGCUGAAGAAGAUCAAUUGACUCUUUCAACAGUCAACACCAGAGUUGGAGAACUUUCUUCGAAGAUUUCCGGGGCUGGGGCUGCUUCUGGAUAUGUUGCAGCAUUAAUUGUCCAGGUAGGCACAAUGCUGAUGCUUAUGGCAAUCCGAAAUAAAGCAGAUGGCAAAGUUUCGGUGAUGGGGCCGGUGAAGGUUGUUAUUGGAUUUGUUGGUUUGUGGUGGCUUCUCUUCCAGAUACCUAUCUGUGCUUUUUUGAAGUCACGUGCUUCACCAGACUUGGACUUGAGCUACAUAUCGCAUCCAGUAAGACAGGAGUACUCUAUUGUUCAGUACCAAUUGGCCGUGCUUAAAUACAAGCUCCGAGUUGUGAAAGUGUAUGUUGAGCAGGGUUUUCUCACACUUGUUGAUGCAUUUCACCAGGCAUCGAAGCUCAGAGACAUCACAUGCUUCCUUUUGGGCUGGUUUGUCCUUUCGGACUCACUCACAACAAUUAACUCUGCGGCAAUAUUGUUUGCCAAGUCUGAGCUUGGAAUGAAUACGAUUCAGUUAUCUCGAAUCAGUAUUCUUGCAAUGAUUUCGGCUGUUGUAGGCUCAGGCUUUAUUCCCGGCUACAUCCAGACAAAUUUUGGCAUAGACAUUAAGUCCAUGCUCUUAGUCAUUAUUUUAUGGUCCUCUGUUAUUCCAUUGUACGGAAUACUAGGAUUUUUCUUUGAUACCAUUGGCUUGCACCAUGCUGGUGAAAUGUACAUUCUUGCCAUUUGGUAUGGCUUCUCAUUGGGCGGUGUUGCAACGAUAUCUCGCUCAAUGUACUCCAUGCUCAUUCCUAUAGGUCAGGAGUCUGUUUUCUUUGCAUUAUUUAGUAUCACCGACAAAGGUUCGUCCGUUUUGGGACCUUUCCUAGUUGGGCUUGUCAUAGAUGCCACACAUGAAAUCAGAUAUUGCUUUGGUGUGCUUUUGGGUCUUUUGAUGUUGUCUAUUCCCAUUUUUUGGUACGGAGUUGAGGUCGAUAGGGGAGUUAAAGAGGCUGCAACACUUUCGGCUUCACGUGCCGCCAAAGUGGCUACGAAUGGUCGUUAA